AUGAGCAGAAAAAGAAAACUCAGAGACCUUAUGGGAAUUUUCAAAGACAAAGCUUCACUUAUCAAAGCCAACUUAUCAACCAAACGCGGCGUUUCAUCAAUUCAGGUCGCCGUCAUAAGCGCCACCACCCACGCCUCCGCAUCUCCGCCACAUGACCACCGCAUCUCCGCCAUCGUCUCCGCCGGCGACCACUCACUCCCUGCUAUAUAUGCAUGCAUCGAAGCUAUCAUGGACCGCCUUCACCGCACUCACAAUCCAUACGUUGCCCUAAAAUGCCUCUUCGUAUUCCAUAACAUCAUGGCUAAAGGUUCACUUCUUUACAAAGAUCAUAUAUCCUUUUCUCCUUCGUCCGGUGGUCAUAAUUCUCUAAAUCUUUCUGGGUUUUACGAUAAAUCUGAUAUGGAAACACGAGAACUCUCGUCGUGGGUACGAUGGUACGCUAAUGUUUUGGAACGUAACAUGAUAACGUCUAGGGCUUUGGGUUCUUAUAUUUCUCCUUCCUCAAGAUUAACGAUAAACUUCGAUAAAAUUGGGGAUAAAAAAGGAAAUACUGGGUUUUCGUCCAAAUCAGAUUUUGUAACAGAAAUGGAAUCUUUGGUGUGUAUGGUAGAGGGGAUUUGUGAAACGCCAGAGUCACAAUAUUUCCAGAAAAAUGACCUAGUGCAUGAGAUAAUGAUAUUAGUUGCUGAAGAUUAUCGUUCAACUCAGUACCAUAUGAUGAUCAGACUCGUUGAGUUAGGGGACCGAGUUUCAAGAUUGAAAUACCUGGAUUUGUGUGAGUUGAUAUUGUCUUUGAAGAGACUUGAGGGAUGCAGGAAAAAGUUGAAUGAAUUGUUUAUAAGAAGAAAGAACGAUCUUUUUUGGGAAAUGGUAAGUGAAAAGAAAAUGGAGAUGGAGAAAUUGAAAUAUGAAAGGGAAAGACAAAGUUUUCUACUAUGGAAUGUAGAUGAAAAGUUAACUCGAUCGGUCAUCCCAAAUUAA